UAUACCAAAUCAUUAUUUGCUUAAUAUGUACCUUCUUUCAGUUCAUUUUUACUGACAUUUAUUGAUGCCAUUACAUGUGUACUUAUGUGUAUUUUUACAAUCAAUGCCGCUCUAAUGAUAACAUUUGGAUUUAUGACUUGGUGUAAUGACAUGAUUGAAAGAUUUCCAUCGUGUGAAAUGGCUGCUGGAAAUCCUAUCGAUAUUCAAGAUGGAAUUGAUACAUCUGGUUUUUACUUUCAACUUGGAGUAGCUCAGUUUGGAAUAUGGGCUUCAUGGUCUUGCUGGGUUGGUUUGACAGUUUGCACCAUGUGUAAACUUUGUUAUUAUCAUCAAAUGAGUAAUAUGAAAGCUUCAAUGUUACGAGAAAGACAGAAACUUAUUGAUGAAGGUAUGGCUGCGCCCACCCGAGUAACUCCAUAUACUACUCAAACAGAUACUACUUCAGAUGAAAGUAACAACUCUAAAAUUGAAUCAAAACCAUCAAAAUCUAUUGAUGUUAAAAAUAUUGAGUAGCUUAUGAUUUAAUUAUAAGUGUAUUUUUUUAUUAUUCCAUUAAAUUUAAAUUGUUAUAAAAUAUAAAAAGGUUUUCUUUUUUUUUUAAAUGAAAAAUCAUACUUGUAAUGUAAGUAAUGUUUUGUGUUUUUAAAACUAUCUAAUAUAUAUUCAUGAUAAAUGUUAAUAAUUUAUAAUUAUAUUUUGUUUUAUUAAAACAUAGCAUACAAACUA